AACUCAACCCACUGCGAGUCUGGGAAUUUGUAAUGAUUUUUAAUUUCACAACACAAUUACAAAAGUUGCAUAUAUAAUUUUAACAAUGGAAGUAUUUAAUAAGUUUUAUUCAUCAGUUAGUAAUACAGUGUCUCAGUUAUCGGGUGUUUUACCAGGCAACCCCGUCACAAGAGAGUUCGAGGCAACACAAUACAUUGCGAGCGCUGGACCAGGCUUAUUAUGGAAGAUUUACAAGGGUUACAAGAAGUCAACAAAGCAGGAAGCGUCAAUUUUCGUAUUCGAAAAGAAACAGCUUGAUAGAUGGACAAAGGCGGAUAGGGAUAUAAUGUUGGACACCCUGAAGCGAGGCAUCGUUCAGUUGACUAAGUUAAGACACCCUCAGAUCCUCACAGUACAACACAGUCUUGAGGAAAGUCGAGAAAGUUUAGCAUUUGCUACAGAACCAGUUUUCGCCAGUCUGGCUAACAUUUUAGGCAAUACUGAAAACAUGCCGCAGCCUGUUCCCAAUCACUUGCAGAAUUACAAACUGUAUGAGCUUGAAAUUAAAUAUGGACUGAUGCAAAUAGCUGAAGGUUUAGCUUUCCUUCAUAAUGAUGUAAAACUGAUGCACCAUAAUAUAUGUCCGGAAUCAAUUAUAGUGAAUCAGCAGGGUGCCUGGAAGAUAUUUGGGUUUGAUUUCUGCAUUGCGAACCAGAAUUCAACAGGUGCUGCUCCGUAUUGGCCUUUUAAUGAGUAUUGCCAGGCAAUGCAUCCAUUGACUCAGCCUUUACUGGAUUAUUUGGCUCCAGAGUACAUGUUGUCGGCAUCACAUUCCCCUGCAAGUGAUAUUUACUCUCUGGGCAUGAUGAUAUAUGUACUGCACAGUACGGGGUAUCAAACGUUAGGAAACAUAGGUAAUGAUUACAUGAAGUUUAAGAGGUUCACAAAUGAAUUGAGAAACCUCGCCCCGUCGCGGUUGUCCUGUGUGGCAGACGGGCUGCGGGAGUACGUAAAGCUGAUGCUGAAUGUCACACCGGAACUGAGACCUGAUCCACAUCAGUUUUUAAAGAUUCCAUAUUUUGAAGAUGUGGGCGUAAAAACUCUAAAUUACUUAGAUUCCUUAUUCCAAUGGGAUAACCUACAAAAGUCCCAAUUCUACAAGGGACUCCCGCAGAUAAUACAGAAGAUGCCGCAUCGGAUAUGCAUUUAUCGGAUCUUACCAUGUCUCACCAAGGAAUUCGUCAAUGCUCCAAUGGUGCCGUUUGUGUUACCAAAUGUUCUGCUUAUAGCUGAAAACUCCACUAAAGAAGAAUACGUAAAAUUCAUACUACCCGUAUUAAAACCGGUCAUGAUGAUACAAGAUCCGAUACAAAUAUUGCUGAUCUUUAUGCAAAAGAUGGAACUGCUUUUAAAGUUAACUCCAGGGGAUGAAGUAAAGAGUGAUAUAUUGCCGAUGUUGUACAGAGCUUUAGAAUCUGACGCACAACAAAUACAGGAGUUGUGUCUUUUAGUUUUGCCAACAUUUGCUUCUCUGAUAGACUAUCCGGCUAUGAAGAAUGCGCUAUUGCCACGAAUAAAGAAGUUGUGUAUGAAUACGAAUUAUAUUUCUGUCCGUGUCAAUUGUUUGCUGUGUCUGGGGAAGCUGUUGGAGCACCUAGACAAGUGGCUUGUACUGGACGAAAUUAUUCCGUUUUUGCCCCAGAUACCUUCUAGAGAACCUGCUGUGCUGAUGGGAAUUUUAGGCAUAUAUAAACUUGCACUUGGCCACAAGAAACUGGGCAUUACCAAAGAGGUGAUGGCGACCAAGGUCCUCCCGUUCCUGAUCCCUCUCUGUGUGGAAAACGGCCUCACUCUGAACCAGUUCAAUGCACUCAUCAGUCUCGUCAAGCAGAUGAUAUCGAAGGUGGAAACCGAACAUAGGGCCAAGUUGGAACAGCUGAAUUCUAUACAGAAUGAGUCUAAAGUAAUGGAACAAGCACUAUCGACAUCCGACACUCUGGUCCCAGCAGCGCCGCCGGCACAGACAGACAUAGACAAGAUGUUCUCCGGUUUGGGCAUAGACACGCUCUCCUUCAGCAAGCCUCAGGAGAAAACAGAGGCCACCAUGCCUGCUGUCAGCGACGGCUCGCUCAGCAUUGAGGAUAAACAGAGACUGGCCCAACAACAGGAGACAGUGAGGAAAUUCUCGCAACAACCGCCGCCAACAGCGAUAGCAGCGCCACCGCGGCCACAACCGAAACCAGUGGACCUAACUAGUUCACUUCUACAGUCCAACCUCACACAACUGAGCAACAAACCCACACAACAAGUCAACAAACCGAAUUACAACAUUACAAUGCAACAAAAUUACACUUCACCAAUACAAAAUUACGCUUCACCAACACAAAGUUACGCGUCACCAACACAAAGUUACGCGUCACCAACACAAAGUUACGCGUCACCAACACAAAGUUACGCGUCACCAACACAAAGUUACGCGUCACCAACACAAAAUUACACAUACCAACAGAAAAUUCCUACGGGCUUCGACACUCAGUUAGCAUUACCUUCAAACACUGGUUGGUCGGGUAACAAUCCCAAUAGUUCAACUAAUUUAAAUAAUAGAUGGGCUAAUAACCAGGAUAAUAAGAAGCAAGAUUGGUCCGCGUUUGAAUCUCUACUGCCGGGUAACCAACCUCAAAAUAACAAUCAGAAUAGUAACAAUAAUAUAAAAAAGCUAAGUAGUAAUGAAAUGAUGGAUUUGUUGAGUUAGAGCGACCAACGAUGUCCAGCCAUGUUCAUUUUACGCAUAGUCGUAUGUAAAAUUUGAAAUACGACAGACUAAAGUUUAAAAGAUUGAAAAAAGAACGAAGACGAGUGAAAAAAGAAAAUUGUAGCAGGCCGGUUGGAAUUUGUUUUUAAUUUAAUAAAAAAAAAAAUAUUUAAAAAAUUCUAAGCAACCUAAAACUAUAAUAUAAUUUUCUGGUCGUUUAUAUUAAAUAACAUUCUCUCAUUAGCAUUUGCCCAGUUCUUACUUAAUAAGUCUUUGGAGCCCAGGGUCCACUUAAAUGAAUUAACUGUCUACCGUACAGUUUUCAUUUAAGGAUGCGUAAUCAAAAUAAUAUAUUAUUGGUGGAUUCAUAUAAUCAUUUUGUCUAUUUAAAAUGUAGUAUAGAAUUAAAUUAAGGAAUGAUUAUUAUAAAAUUGUUUUAUGCUGUGUAUCUAAUCUUUUGCUUCUAUGAAGUUUUCUAUUUUUAUUUUACGGACUUUAUUGUAUUAUUGUAACAAGAUUUGUUUUGUAAAUACUAUUGGUAAUUUAUUUGUGCGCUGGCAACUUAAGAUGUUAUGCUUAAUAUUUUGAAAUACGUUUUACUGGUAAACUUAUGUCAUUCCUGAGCUUUUCUCUGACUGUCGUCUAUAGUUGCCAUAUGAUUAUAAUUCAGAACUGUUUUAUUUUGAAGGAGUAAAAUUACUUUCUAUAAUUACUAGCCUCUAAAUUGAUUUAAUGUAGUGUAUGAAGUUUUAAAAUAUACUUUCUGAUAAUUUUAUUCGAAUAAUAUAUUUAUUCGAGUUUCC